AAAAUGAGCGAAUCAGCCUCUAACGAAUAUCGGAUUUCGAUUGAUGAAGAAAUUUCGAGGGAUGAAAAAAUUUCAUACUUCGAUGUCAAAAAUCCACAUUAUGGAGUGAAAAUAGACAAAGUUGUUUUCUCGCCAAAGAUGAAUUAUUUUGCAACUGCGAAUUUUCGUAAUCGUUCAGUUUGCGUGUGGGAGUUUAAGCAAGGAAGAAUAAAUCUCGAAUUAAAACAAUUUCAUUUCUUUGACCUUAAAGAAACUGUUUUAUAUAAUCCAAUUUGCGUCUCAGAUUUCAACAAAAUUCUUAUUGGAAACUUUUAUAAGGGCUAUUUCGUCCUUGAAACUAGAGAUUGUAAUAAUAAAGAAGGAGAAGGAGAAGAAGGAGAAAAAUUAUUAGAUAAUAGAGAACACGAUGGAGAUGUAGUAAAUUGUGGGUUUCUUACAAAUGGAGAUUUUGCAGUUGUUGAAGGGAAUCCUACUUAUCAGGUCCACAUCUUUUCUUUUAUUGGAGGGAAGUGGCACAGCACGAGUAAAAUUAAACUCGUUAAAUUUAAACAUGCCGCUGUUUCUCAUGAUAGUGUGUUGAUUCUCAUAGAUUUGCCUUUUGUAAUCAUGCAAUGGAAUCUGUUAACACUAAAGUUUGAGAAACAAUACGAACUGGAUUGGAGUUUGGCCGAGUAUCGAAAAGGUAUUUUAAUGGAACUAAGCUGUGACCAAAAAAUACUUGCAGUAGCUGGACGUUUAAAUACAAAUCAGAAAGAAGAUUCGAAUACAAAUCAGGAAGAAGAUUCGAAUACAAAGCAUGAAGAAGAUUCGAAUACAAAGUAUGAAAAAUAUUCGAAUUCAAAGUAUGAAAAAUAUUUGAUUACAAAGCAUGAAGAAGAUUCAAAUACAAAGCAGGAAAAAAAUUCGAAUACAAAGCAUGUAGAAGAUUCAAAUACAAAGCAGGAAAAAAAUUCAAGAGUCUAUUUUUAUUCAACGAAAUCUGGUAGAAUUAUAGGAAAUCAAUCGUUUGAUGAAAAGUUUUACGAAAAAAAAAAGACUAUAAAAAACGCUGGUAUAAAGUUUGAUAAAAGAUCAAUUAGCAAGAUACUUUUUAUUAAAUUCGAAAAAGAAGAGGAAGGGUCGCUGCGUUCCGCACCUUCGGAAUUUCUCUUUGUAUAUUUUGGACAGGAGAAAACAUCUUAUGUAAUUACUCCUCCUACAUCACAAUCUUCUUUGCUCAAACUCCAUUCCUUGCCGAAUUCUCCGUCAGAAUCAAAAAAUUUAGGAGAAUUUCAUUUAUCGGCUGAAAUUGAUUUUUUUCUACGAUAUCAUAACGAUCAGUCCUUUCAAGAUCAAUUAAACAAUAAACACAAUGAGCUUGAAGACGAUUUACAUUCUUUUAAAGAAGAGAAUCAGAAAGAGGGCUCUUGUGAUGAAAUUAGAGUCGGUUCACAACGAGAAGAUAUAAAAAAAAAUAUAGAUAAAUUUCUAAAAAUUUAUAAAUCAAAAAAAUUUGAGUUAGCCGAACAAUCGUCGACCCAGGAUUCGAAAUUAUCGGUGACGUUAAAGGGUAACCAAUAUAUCUGGACUGUUAAAGAAACAUCUCAUAACAAUAUAUUAGCAGCUAAAAUAACUGCUAAACGGACUGCGACGGAAGUGGAAAUAGGAACA